AUGAGCGGCGAGAAGCUGCCCCCCGCCCUCAAGGAAAAUCCGGCGCCGGGCAGCAAAAGCCCGGGCCUCGGGAGCAGCCCCGCCAAGCGGUCCCCCGCCGAUUCGAAGCGCGACUCGCGCCUGAGCUCGCGCCUGAGCCCGAACCGGAGCAACGCGCGCGCGCCCGAUAGCCGGCGGCCCGCGGCGGCCGAGGACCGGCCGGGGCAGCCCGCGCGGGCGUCGCCCGGGGGCUCGCUGGCGCAGCGCCUCGCCAAGCCCGAGCCCCGGGACCGGCGCCUGCCCUGGGACGCGCGGCGGGCCGACGCGCCGGCGCCGGACGGCGGCGGCGCGCGCGCGAGCUCGCCCGGUGCCGCGCUCGAGGUGUCGGCCGCGUGCGCGAGCUGCUUCGACGGGCGGCACUCGGCGGCCAUGGCCUUCGGGGAGGCGACGGUGCGCGAGGAGCGCGCGUUCUGGAGCACGACGGGCAUGUACCCGCAGAGCGCCUUUGUGAAUCUCGAAGCGGCGACGCGGCUCCUCGAGCUCGACCUCGUCUGCUGCCCCGACGUGCUCACGGUCUCCGUCGCCGUCCACGCGGCGGACGGCACCUGGGAGGACGUCGCCACCGUCACCUUCGACGACGCGGGCCGACCACAGAGCGACGUCCGCAGGAAGCUCUCGUUCGCGAACAAGAACGUCGUCUGCUCGAAAAUCAAGCUCUCCAUCGACCGGAGCGCCGCGGAUUUCUCCAUCGUCAAGUCCGUGCGCCUCCUCGGCGUGCCGGCCUGCGCGUAG